UGUGCUAUUUGGCGGGAAGGAGGGGAAGCUUCUUGCUCCAUGCAAAGCUAGAGAUUUGGAGCUAAUCAUCGGCAAUCUUCUUUUGCUAUUAACAUAAUAAUUACUCAAACCCCAGUAACAACUACGGUGACGAAAUCACUCUCAAGUUUUGCUUUGCGACCCAAAAACUAGCUGUCAAGACUACGAGUACGAUCGUUCCACGCGGAACAAAUCAAUAGCUUCGGUUCCAACCCCAUUUGAACUCAGUCCACAAACAAAGUCGAAUAGUCAUCUUUCAUAUCGAAUUUCCGGCCCUUUAUCGCCCUUCGGUCGUAGUAUCCGUACACCAUGGGUUCAUCUGGAAAGUUCGAAGUACCAUUCACGCUCAACAACCCCGACCUACUUCACAAUCUAUCCUUUGUCAACGGAGAGUGGGUAAAGUCAAAGUCAGGGAAGACUUUCGAAGUUGUUGAUCCCGGAACCGGCAAGGCAUGGACAGAAUGUCCGACAAACGAUGCAUCAGAUGUCGAUGCUGCGGUGCAGAGCUCCCAUGAGAGCUUCGAGAAAUAUAAGAAGCUCAGCCCUAGAACACGGGCUCAGUUGCUAUAUAAGUGGGACUCUCUGAUCAGAGAAAAUAGAGAGGAUAUUGCAACCAUUCUGGUCUAUGAAACUGGCAAACCACGAGCCGAGGCGUAUGGCGAAAUUGACUAUUCAACUGGAUUCACAUGGUGGUUUGCAGGGGAGGCAGAGCGAAUCCAAGGGACCGUGUUUACUCCAGCAUUACCGGAUCGUCGCGUCUUCACCAUUAAACAGCCGCUCGGCGUGACGGCAGCACUCGUCCCAUGGAACUUUCCCAUCGCCAUGAUUCUGCGAAAGGCCGGAGCCGCUCUGGCAGCUGGUUGCACUAUGAUUGUGAAACCCAGUCCGGAGACGCCCAUCACCGUCCUCGCCUUAGCCUAUCUUGCGGACAAGGCUGGAUUUCCAAAAGGUGCUCUCAACGUCUUAACAACGGAUCUGGAGAAAACUCCCGAACUUAGUGAGGCCCUAUGCCGUCACGAUCUCAUCAAAAAGGUCUCAUUCACGGGAUCCACACGGGUAGGAAAGCUGGUCGCAAAGAUUUGCGCAGACAGUCUGAAGAAGGUCACUCUAGAACUGGGCGGGAACUGUCCAGUUUUGAUAUUUGAUGAUGCCAAUAUCGACCAAGCAAUGAGCCAGAUAUUUGCUCUCAAAUACCGCCAUGCCGGCCAGGCUUGCAUCACGGCGAAUCGCGUAUACGUCCAAUCCGGCAUUUUUGACAAAUUCCUUAAACGCUGGACUGCUGAGACAAAGAAGCUUGUUGUAGGGCAUGGUUCUGACAAGGCUACAACAAUGGGCCCUGUAACAACACCAAGAGGUGUUGAAAAGGCCAUUGCACUUGUGGAAGAUGCGAGGGCCAAGGGCGCCACCAUCCACGUCGGUGGUAAGAAACUGGAGAGGAAUGGUGGGUACUUCUUCGAACCGACUGUCAUUACGGGCAUCAAACCGGAUAUGGACAUUGCUUCAGAGGAAAUAUUCGCGCCUGUCUGUACGUUCAUCAAAUUUGAGAAUGAGGGCGAAGUUGUCAAGGCAGCCAACGAUACCAGUAUGGGUUUGGCCUCGUACUGCUUCACAAAGAAUGUGGACCGGCUGUGGCGUUUGUUUGAGAAUUUGGAGGCUGGCAUGAUCGGAUUGAACACGGGUAACUCGUCCGCAGCAGAAUCGCCCUUUGGUGGCAUCAAGCAGUCAGGUUAUGGGAAAGAAAGUGGAAAAGACGUUGCUGUAGCCGAAUAUCUGAUUACCAAAACUGGCACUUUUACCUUGGAAGGGCAAUCGUAACAUUCUUCCGUCUCCUUUCGACAAAUAAUGUAUAAGUCAAUAUAGAUGAGCUAUGGUUCAUCUACCUGCCUAUGAUAUGCAUCCACCGCCACAGCUAUUAGGGGUUGAUCUUGUGCGGAAUUAUUCACCAUUAGCAAUGUCUGUAAUUAUGAUUCCAU